AUAAAAAUAUAAAAAAUACCCUCACUUUUAUGAAAGUUUGUGUAAAAGGGUGAUUUACCUCAAAUGGAUGUUCCGUAUUUUGUGGUGUUGAGCAAAAAAAAAGUUUUGCCUCUAUUGAUAUUUGUUCCUAACUUACUUCACCUUGGCAACGAGGAAGUUUGUUUAGUUUUCACCAAUUUUCUUGUCCAUUGAGUAAAAGUUUUUCGAUGCAGCAGCAUGUCCAAAGCAACCACAAUUAAGGAGGCACUGAAGCGCUGGGAGGACCGGGAGCAGCAAAAUUCCCUGACUGCCAAGAACAUUGAUCUGCAAUUCCAGUGGCCGCCCAUCGAGAAAAUGGACAGCACAUUGGGUACGCUGGUGCAGUGCGAGAGAAUCAGUAUGUCCACUAAUAUGAUUGAGAAGAUUUUCGGCUUAUCGGGCAUGAAGUGCCUUAAAGUGUUGUCCUUAUCAAGGAACUACAUCAAGCAGAUAUCGGGACUGGAGGCUGUUGCCGAAACGCUGGAGGAGCUAUGGCUCAGCUAUAAUCUCAUCGAGAAAAUCAAAGGUUUGACAGGACUUAAGUGCCUCAAGGUGCUCUACAUCAGCAAUAAUUUGAUCAAGGACUGGUCGGAGUUCAACCGCCUGGCCGAGAUAGAGUCCCUCGAAGAUCUGGUGGUGGUGGGGAAUCCUCUAUCCGAAGGAUUGGACGAACCAUCUUGGCGGGCGGAGUGCAUCAAGAGGUUGCCGACCAUCCGCAAACUGGACGGAGAACCCGUCGUUCUCAAUGAGGAGCCUCAGCUAUAAGCGCAUUCUUUAUCGAGUAAAUAAGUAAGGCAACAAAAUUAAGUAUUUAUUGGCAAUUAGAGCUUGCUUUUAAUUAUUCAU